AUGUGUUAUAUUUCAGCAAAAACCCAUUUCUCCUUCGUAAUUCUGACACUUUAUAUUUCCCCAGUGAUAUAUGUUUCCGCAACUUUGGAACCAUAUGAUGUCUAUGUAGUCAACAAUCUUCCUGAUAAUACUAGCCCUUUAAUCAUUCAUUGCAAAUCAAAGAAUAAUGACCUGGGAAUUCAACAUCUUUUUCAGAAUGGCGGUUUCCAUUGGCAUUUUCGCAUGAAUUUCUGGGACAGCACUUUGUACUAUUGUGGUUUUCUGUGGGCUCAGAAGAAUAUUACUUUCACAGUUUUUGAUUCAGGCUUGGCUGAUCAUGAAUGUGGUCGCAAGGCUAAGGACAACAUAUGCUAUUGGUCAGUACAAAGUGAUGGUUUUUAUAUUGCUAAUAUACUUAAUCCACCUGCGGUUUUGUUUCUUUGCAUUCUUGGUCCAAUAUAUGGUGAUGAUAGGAGGCCAUCCUUUAUCAAGAUCUUUGGUAGUACCAUAAGUAUUAAGGGAAGCUAA